AUGGCAGCGGCAGCGUCCAGCCAGCAUAUCCCAGCCAACGACCGCCGUGUCAUCCACGCUCUAGGCAACUGGAUUAUCCGCAGGAACAUUUUGGACCGCGUAGACUCGGCCGAGCAGGCAUCCUUGGCCCUCACAUGCAGGCAGUUGAGGAGCAGCUUGGCUGGUGUGGCUGAUGUGCCUACACUGCGCUCGAAACUCCCAUACCGUCAGUUUUUGGACGUUUUGUCUGUUAUUGCACGGGACUUGCCGGACCACUACGUGUGUGAGACAUGUUUACACCUGCACCAGGUCGCAAAUGAGAGCCACGCUCACGACACGGCACUCGUCGAGCAGGCAUCCAAAAAACACAGGUUCACGGAACCCAGACUCGAGCCGCGGUGCCGCCGCUCGUCCUCUCACUACGACGCGAUCGAGAAUCUCCAUACAUUCACUGGCGCCUUGUCGUCUCCUGCGAGACGCACACCUCUUGCAGGACUUGCCCACCGCGAUGUGCAGCUUAUCUUAAAGCGUGUCCGUAUGCUUUUAGAGGACGAGCAGGUCACGUCGGCACAUCAAUGCGAACGAGACGAGAACAGGCAAGGCAAAGAUGCUGGCGGAUUUCAGACGAAGGCGGAAGAGACGAGCAUCCAGACGACGGUCAUAUGGGCUCUGACGCGUUUCUGGUAUCACAUGCCCUGGAACCGCCCUUCCGACGAGGAUCGGGCCGCAAAUGCCCGCGACACACUCGAGAAGCAGUUGUGCGCGGCUCUCGCGUCAUAUUCAGCCCAGCGGCGGAUGGUCUCGCCGGACAGGAUGUAUCGACGGUGUUCCAAAACAAUCCAGUACAGCUUUACGCCACGCGUGAUUCUCUGUGCCGAAAACGGCACGGGUCGUAAUGCUCGUCAAGGCAAACGUCAGCCACGCUUUCUACUCAAGACUACGGUCACCAUUGCCCACGGGGAUUUUUGCAAUGUCCCCCUAAGCAUCUGCCCGCAUCAGCUCCUCAACAACGACAACGAGACUGUGUGGCAUCUAGAAGCGAGGCUAGAGGUGCAACUUCUGAACUAUCGCGGGUGCAAUGGCGGACAGGCCUACGCCUGCGUGGUAGACGAAGUCAACCCCACAUACGAGGGCCCGCCUUUGCUGAAAUCGGCGUUUCGCUUUUUGGUUGCCUCGAUGUAUGUGUACGGAGUGCACAACCAUCCGGAGAGAUACCGACUCGCAAGACAGCAGGGCAACGAUCCCCAACUUUAUCGCACACCCGCCGACCUCCAUGCAUACCAGCAGAACGAGGAGAGGAAGCAACAGCAGCAGCAGCUACUGAAUCACCGCGCGGUGGGCGGCAGCUGCGCCCGCUGCCCGACGGACUUUUCGGUGCACGCCAGAGACGAGGGCCUCGAAAUCACCGUGUGGCAAGACUUUGGACCCGAGGCGCCGGUGACGGAUGUGUGGUGGCAGAGCCACGUUCCAGGCCCCGUGCUGCAGUCCAUGGCGCCAAACACGUGGCAGUCAGGGCUCACAGUCGAGCACGAUCCUGGAUCUGUUCGUGCGCUGUUCGAGACCGGGAUCGAUCACAACCCACCGCCGACGCUCAUGGCCUCGUUCGGCCUGCCCCCUGUCCGCGUGCUGCGGCCAGCGCUGUGGUGCGCGGGCGCCGUGGGCACAAUCUACGUCGGCUCUGCAGCCUACGAGGUGCGCCACGAUGCCGCCAUUGCGCGGGAAGCCCGGCGGGCGCGACACUUGCCGACCUCGCCCAUCAGUCUGCGGGACUUGGACGGCGUGCGGGCCAUGCUGGCGGCGUCGGGCGGCCGCAACCCGCUGCGCGUGUCCCAUGCAUCGUCGUCAACACCCACCACAUCCCCCUCGCCCUCGCCGCUUGCGGCGUGGUCCAACCUGCCCGAGGCGGGCAAGCUCAUGGUCGGCCUCGUCUCCACCAACGUGGGCGUCUUUGGCCUCGAGCGCUUGCUCCCCGGCACGUCCGCUCUGUUCUCGCACGUCCCCGCGGCGUCCGGCACCACCGCCGCCACCGCCAACUUCACGAUGCUCUCGUCCGCCUUUGGCCACGUCGGCCUCGCCCACCUCGCCCUCAACAUGUACGGCGUCGUGCAGUUCCUGCCGCCCGUCGCCGCCAGCCGCACGUUUGCCAGCAGCGGCAGCCACCUGGCGGCGUUCUACCUGUCGGCCGGCGUGCUGGCGUCGUACGCGUACCACCUGGCCGCCGUCUGGCCGCGGCCGCUGGACCGCGUGAUCCCCGCGCGCGGUGCCAGCGGCGCCGUCAUGGCCGUCGUGGGCGCCUUUGGCAUGUCGUACCCGGACAAGCAGCUGGGCAUCGUGCUGGUCCCGGGCAGCCUGCCGGCGUCGCAGUUCUUGCUGGGCGUGGCCGCGUUUGAGACGUACGGCCUGUUUGUGGGCUUCAAGCGGCUGCCGCUGGCGCACGCAGCGCACUUGGCGGGCCUGGCGCUGGGCGCGGCCUAUGUCUACUACGACGGGCGUGACCGCGUCUGGCGGCCGGUGAAGCAGUGGACGUUCCACCAGAUGCAGCGACUGUCGCUGGUGUGA